AUGGCUUGCUGCAUGCUGCAGAUCACUGGGCUGAUUUUCGGCGGCGUGGGCAUGGUGGGCACCCUGGCAGCCACGGCCAUGCCCCAGUGGAGGGUGUCCGCCUACGUGGAUGGCAACAUCGUGGUGUUCGAGACCAUCUGGGAGGGGCUGUGGAUGGACUGCAUCAGCCAGCUGGGCAUCAGGCUGCAGUGCAAGCUCUAUGACUCGGUGCUGGCGCUGCCGCCGCUGCUGGAGGCCUUCCGGGCCCUCAUGUGCCUGGCCGCGGGGCUGGCCGUCGUGGCCUUCCUCACGGCCAUCGCGGGGGUCAAGUACACCCGGCGCGGCACGCAUGGGCCCCGGGCCGUCAGCAUCUUCAUCCUGGCCGCCGGGGCUGCCUUCCUGCUCACGGGCACCCUGGUGCUGAUCCCGGUCUCCUGGACCGGGGGCAGCAUCAUCCGUGACUUCUACGACCCCGAGGUGCCUGUGCCGCUGAAGCGGGAGCUGGGCGCUGCCCUGUACGUGGGCUGGGGUAGCGCUGCCCUGCUGCUGGCCGCGGGGGCCAUGUACUGCCACUGCUGGUGCCGGGCUGGCACGGCUGCCAGGCACAGCCACCCCCGGUUGGCCCGGGCAGGGCUGCCCCAGGCGGAGAGGCCGGCCCUGGGCAUCCAUGCCUACGUGUAGCUGCUGCCCGUGGUCAGCAAGAGCUGAGG